AUGCAGGCCAACGCUACCGCAUCCUCGUCUAAGCCGGGCGCAAGUACUGCCGAGGCCUCGACGUCAUCCAUCGUCCUCUCCACCCUCGGCGCCUAUUCGGACCUCACCAAGCAGCUCUUCUCGCUCAUCGAGAACCCUUCGCUAUCGAAAGGCAAGACAAUAGCAGACGCAUCUGCGGACAAGACGUGGAGCGUCAAGGAUGUCAACGGCGUUCUCGCAGCGCUGCAGGACGUCGAUCAGCUCUUUAGCUCCCGCAUUCAGAUCGCACACGAGCACGCUGUCAACCAGGCGAGGAUAGAGCGGCUGCAAGCGCAAGCCAAGAGGCGGGACAAGGAGACGCGACAAGCGAUACUCGAGCUGAGCCGGAUCCAAGCUGAGCUGGCCGAGAUCGCACGGCUGUCGGAGGAGGAGGUGGCGUCGAUAGAGCGGGCGGAGAAGCAGCCGAUCGGGCAUGAGACGUUGCUGGCGUACGCGCAGAGGCUGGCGCGAUACACUUCGGCGCCUCCGGGGUACAAGCUGCCGCAAGUCUCGUCUGCGGCUAUCACAGUGAAUGGAACGAGCGAUGCGGUCAAGGCCGAGGGAGAGGCAGCAGAGGGUCAACCUGCAGAACAGAUCUCCCUUGGCGCGGACUACAACCAGUACGCCAAGAGAGCAGCUGCGUACUAUGAUCCAGCAAUACCGUCGAUGCCGCAGGAGAUGCCCUUCCCUUCGGACGCAAUGAUGCGACAGGGCAUUCUGAACAGCUCAGAGAUGCUCAACGGUGCACCGAUGGCAGAGCAGCCCGCGGAGGAUCUGAUGGACGAGCAGGACGACGGUCCGGCUACCGACUAUGCGACGUCCUUCUCGCAUCUCCGUGAUCAUCAGCAGCGACCGGACGAUGACGAAGAUGCGUUCGAUCUGGAUCUCAACUAA